ACCCAUUGAUCGAGGAGCUUGAGGCGCCACGGGAACCGAAAAAAUGUACUUCCGCAACUUCCUCGCUGCUGUGUUCUUUUUCGCCGUGGUCCGACUCGCCACAGGUCAGACCUACGGCAGCCAAGGGGGUUACGCUGCUCAACCGGGUUACGGAGCCUACGGAGCCCAGGGAGGGUACGGAGGCCGAUCAGCGUACGGACAAGGAACAUACGGCCAAGGAGCGUACGGUCAAGGUGCGUACGGUCAAGGUGCGUACGCACCGGGAUACUACGGACAAGGAUACUACGGAGACCAAGGCUAUGGAGCCGCGUACGGCAAUGGAUAUGGUAACGCUUAUGGAGGCUACGGUGCCGGCGGCUACGGUGCCGGCACUUACGGACAGACCGCUGGCGCUGGAGGAUACUACGGCUAAAUGAGCACGACGUAGGAUUUCCUGGCCCAGGAUUGUUGUAUCGCGCCGAUCCCGAGCUCGCGCUUCGAUCUCUCAGUUGGAAAUAAACAGCAACUCUGCCAGCGUGCGAAAGUC